AUGCGUAAAUUACAUCAUUCAAGCUCUAGUGUCGUUUAUGCUGAUCCUUCCAAAAUGGAAAACAAUGAAAAGUUGGCGAAAAGACAAAUGUCAUGCGAAAAAACUCGUUUCGGGGAUUGGAUCUGCACCGAAGGUCAACCCAGUUGCACUGGAGGUGGUUGUAUAGGAUAG